GAUUUUCCAAUUAACUAGGUAUUUCGUGAAAUCGUUUUCUCAAAACGAAAAUUGCGUUACAAUGAAGCCCACUUGAAAGAAUCAUUAUGUUAAGGAAUCAAAUAUUUUUAUUAACACUUUAUUUCUUUUUUAAUGUCAAUUUUAUAACAGCGAACUCAAAAAUAUUCAUCAAAAUACAUGACCCUGAUGAAUUAGACCCUUACGUUAACAUAAUAGAUAAAAUCGAUAACCGUAACUCCAGAAUCGAUGACAUUGAAUUGGUUACUAAAGCUCUUGAAAUAAUAGAACAAGAAAAAACUGGUAUUACAGCUGUAAAAAUUAAUAAAUGUCUUUCAACCUAUUUUGGAAGUACUAAAGAUAAAUUUAACUGUAUUAAAAGACUCGUAUACAAAGGAAAAUCUGAAAAUUAUGAUAGCAAACCAUAUGUCUAUACAAAUUUCUACAAUAAAGAAAGAAUACCAUAUAAAUACAAACAAUUUGGUAACAACUUUAAAGAUUUAACUAAAUCCGGCAAGGAAAGUGAAUCAAAAAGAAUGUUUCAAACUAUAAUUAACUUUUCCCAAGAUUAUUUAGAUAUUAAUGAUCUAUUAAGAUCGAAUACCGAAUUUACUGAAGAACCUGUAGAUAUGAAAAAUAUUAAAAGUACUGAGUUACGUAUUUUCAAUGGAAUAUCAUUUAAAAAUGCUUAUGAUUUGAAAAGGUUAUACGAUUUCUCUCAAGAUUAUUUAGACCCUGACGAUCUUUUGAAAACAAAUGCUAGAAUGGAUAAAGAAAUACCUAAAGAAGUGAAAAAUAGUAAACAAUUAUAUAUAUUCCAGUUAAUGCCAAGUAAAACUGAAGUUAAUAAUAAAUUGGGACAGUUUACAAAUAUUCCGAAUAAAAAAGAAUUAAAAGUUUGGAGAAGAUUUGGAAACACUGUUCCUAAAAAUGAUUUUAUUAUGGAGAAAAUACUUCGAAGAGAAUCAAUUGAAAGUGAUUCUAGUUCUUCUAGGGAGGAAUCUAGAUCAGAAGAAAAGAAAAUGGACAUCAAAGGUGUAAAAGGUAAAGAUAAGAAAGGGAAAAGAUUUCAAGUUAUAUCAGACCAAAGUGGGCAAGAUAUUUCUUCUGACGAUGUUAGCAAUGAAAGUGAUAUUCCAAUACAGAGACCUAUAGAAAUUCCAGUAAAAGAGAAAAAGGUAUAUUACAUGCAAGCGCCGAAUAGGAUUUUGAAAAUUAGAAAUGAGGGUAGGCGGAGAUUGCUGAUUUUUUUUCCGAAAAGGUAUCAUUGGGACCCGGAGGACAUGAGACAUUUGCAAUACCACUGGUUCAGCGGGCGGCAAGGGAAAUAUGGGGGGCAUUAUAAAACACCUUAUUAAUA